CUACAGAAUGAGAGGAAAUCUGGACAAAAUAGCAUUGGACGCGUGUGAAUGGCUGACCUGAAAAUGUGUUGAGCUCAUCAGUCCAUAUUCAAUUAGUAAAGCAACACACCCCGUAAUAAAGCUGAUUAUCCACAGCGAUAAUGCGGCGUCUGGGUUCAGUGCAGCAGAAAAUCCCAUGUGUUUUCCUGACGGAAGUGAGAAGCGAACCAUCCAGAAAACGCGACUGUCAGUUUCAGGUGGUGGCCACUGAGAAUGUGAACCCUGCUGCUCUUGAAUCAGAUAUUCACUGUGCAACAGCAACCGAGAAGAUUGAUGGGACCUGCUGCUAUGUCACCACAUACAAAGGGGAACCGUAUCUCUGGGCUCGCUUGGAUCGGAAACCCACCAAGCAGGCGGACAAGAGAUUCAAAAAGUAUCAGUAUUCGCAGAAGACCUGUAAAGGAUUUGUGUGGAACGUAGACAAAGAUUUCCGUGAAGUGCCAGAAUCCUGGAUCGCUGCUCACAGAGUCCAGCAUGAGAACGGCCGUCCAGUGCCGGAUGAACAUGGACACGUACCAGGUUGGGUUCCGGUGGAUCAUAUCAACAAGCAGUACUGCUGGCACGCCUCUGUGGUCAACUAUGAUGCUGGUGUCGCCCUUGUCCUGAAGACAGACGGAGAGGAUGAAGGAUUGCUUGAAAUUGUCUGCGUUCCUCUGGCAGACCUCAUGGAGCAAACCCUUGAGCUUAUUGGAACCAACGUUAAUGGAAAUCCAUAUGGUUUGGGAAGUAAGAAGCAUCCAGUCCAUGUCCUGGUGCCCCAUGGGGUCCUGCGCAUCUGGAACCCUCCUCCAGUGGAAUUCCAGCAGCUGUAUUCCUGGUUUCAGGAAUGUCAAGAGGGGCGAGUGGAGGGAAUCGUGUGGCACUGUGAUGAUGGGACACUGGUCAAGAUACACCGCCAUCAUCUUGGGUUGAAAUGGCCUGUGAGUGACACCUUCCUGAACACCAGACCUGUGGUCGUCCACGUAGAUGAAACGCCUGAGCCAGAUGCUUCUGAGAAGGACUUAUUCAAAUCAUUUUCCAGCAUAAAUGGAAAACUCUUCAGCUGCAUACGGGACAUUCAGUUUGAACCCUGAUCCCAUAAAAUGAAACUACCAAACAUUCCUGCGACAUUUGGUUUUAACCAGUGUGAAGAAUCUUUGCCAACACUUAAUACUGGUCAAAACUGCCUAUUGCAAAUUCCCAUUGACAUUUUGCUCAUAUAUGCACUGUGAUAUGUGCGAAUGCUUUAUAUUGAGAGUGGAAGAGUUUUUUUUUUUUUUAAUUAUUAUUUAAUUCUUUUUUUGGUUUGUUUAAAUAGGAUGGUUCAGCAAUAUGUAUAAAUAAAUGGAACAAAUUUACAUUGAUCGUCAUUUAUUACAUGUAAGGAGUCUCAAAAAUGAGGCAGUGAUUAAUGGGUUAAAUGUAAAAAGAUCAAAUCCUUUCAGUUUCAGCUUAUGCUAGUAAGGCCAUAAAAUCACAAAUAUUGUAAACUUUAUAUGACAAGGUUGUAAUAUUUUACAAAAAAAUAAAUAUGAACCUACUUGUGAAACAUUAUAUUUGAACAAUAAGGUGAAGCAACAUUGUACAUAUUUGGCUC